AUGUCAAAAGUCGUUGCUUUGUUCAUUUCUUUCAAUAAAUGUCGCCCACGCAGCAGCGAUUGCGACACUCUUCUCUUCAUCACACUCCACGUAGUUUUAGUGCACUCAAAAGCAGCCGUUAUCGAUAGUUCAAAAGUCACAGCCGAGACCGCAGCAGCUCACAAGCCCGAUGACCAACAAGCAGCAGAAUCCCAAAGUACCGUCCAAGUAGCGGAACAACGCAUUGGCUACGAUUAUGGCGCUCCGGCGAUCGGUGCCUCCGCCAUCGGUGCUUAUGACGUAGGUCAUGUCGAUUUGCACGAUGAUCAUCAUCACCACGACCAUCACGAUCCGGGAUACUGGAAAAAGAAGGUCGAAUGGAAACUCGGAUGGAAGAAAAUCUGGGAAAAGGCAAAGAAACAAUACUACAAACCGGCAUGGAAGAAAAUUUACAAACCGAUUUGGAUUCCGACAACGCGAGAAGCGUGGGUAGAGACCAAAGUUCCUGCGUGGAAGAAAAUCUGGAAACCCGUGUGGCACGAAAUUCAAGUUCCUGCCUGGAAAGAAAUCAAAGUGCCAGCUUAUAAGAAGAUUUACAAGCCGAUUUGGGUCCCACACAAAAUCCCGAAAUGGGUUGAUUAUCAAGUGCCGGUUUUGAAGCAAUUAUGGAGACCAAAAUGGGUUAAAGUUGGAAUUCCUGGAGAAAAAUACUUGGGUAAGGAUCAUGAAGGAUGGGAAUAUACAAGUCACGAUCUCUGGAAGAAAAAAUUAGUUUGGGAGCCUUACUACAAAAAAUAUUGGAAAACUGAACAAAAACAAGUGUGGGUUGAAUCCAAGAAAUUAGCGUGGCAAGAAGGAUGGAAGCAAAUUUGGGUCCCAAGCAAGAAACAAAUUUGGGUUCCUUCGAAGAAACUUGCGUGGAAAGAGGACUGGAAACAAAUUUGGGUGCCUUCGAAAAAAUUAAUUCACGUGCCAGACAAGAAAUUGGAAUGGAAAGAAGACUGGAAGCAAAUCUGGGUGCCAGCAUGGAAAGAAAUCUGGGUCCCAGGAUGGAAGAAAAUCUGGAAGCCCGUUGUCAUAAGUGAAUGGUUCCCAUCGCCCGACCAUCAUGAUCAUCAUCACAAGGAAGUCGUUGUAAGUUCUGGCGAUUAUGGCGGCGGCUGGGGACGCACCGACAAAGAUGCCGAUAAAGUUGUGUGGAAACGCAGCAACAACGAAGCCACCGUCGGCGACAAUAGUAAUAGUAAUCAAAGUCAAUCUUCAGUGCCAACUAGUAAUACAGUGAAAGCGGUGGAGCCGGCGUCAUCGCAAUCUGGCUCGGCGGCGGCAACAUCGUCGUGGCAAUUUCCCAAAAAUAAAUAA